AUGGCUGCAGAGUUACAGCCUGGAGGUGGCGGUCUGGGCGGGUCGGAAGAGCCUGCUCGAGUUCUGCCACUCGCUUCUCUGGAGGCUGCGGGUAACCGGGCCCUGGUGCCGCCAGGGUUGGGAGGGUGGAAGCACACUAAUUCUAUCACCUAUGAUGAUGUGAAUGUGUACUUCACUCAGGAAGAGUGGGCUUUGCUGGAUCCUUCCCAGAAGAGUCUCUACAAAGAUGUGAUGAUAGACACCUACAAGCACCUUACAGCCAUAGGCUACAAUUGGGAAGACCAUAAUAUUGAAGAACAGUGUCAAUGUUCUAGAAGAUAUGGAAGGCUUAAAAGGAAUCACAGUGGAGAGAAGCCAUGCGAAUAUUAUCAAUGUGGUAAAGGCUUUUUACAACACAGUAAACUCCACCUACAAAAGCAUGAAAGAACUCAUACUGGAAAGCAGUCCUGUGACUAUAAUCAUUGUUGUCAAGCGUUUUCACAACAGGGUAGUCUCCAAAUGCAUAAGAGAACACAUACUGGAGAGAAACGCUACAAAUGUAAUGAAUGUGGUAAAGCCUUUUCAAACCACAGUAAUCUCCAGGUGCAUAAACGAACACAUACUGGAGAGAAACCCUACAAAUGUAAUCAGUGCGGGAAAGCCUUUUCAAACACUAGUAUUCUCCAGGUGCACAAACGAACACAUACUGGAGAGAAACCCUACGGAUGUAAUCAGUGUGGGAAAGCCUUUUCACAAGCCAGUGGUCUCCAUGUGCAUAAAAGAACACAUACUGGAGAGAAAUCCUACAAAUGUAAUCAGUGUGGGAAAGCCUUUUCACAACCCAGUAGUCUCGAAAAGCAUAAAAGAACACAUACUGGAGAGAAACAUUACAAAUGUAAUGAGUGUGGGAAAGCCUUUUCACACCACAGUACUCUCCAUGUGCAUAAAAGAACACAUACUGGAGAGAAACCCUACAAAUGUAGUCAGUGUGGUAAAGCCUUUUCACACCCCGGUAGUCUCCAUGUGCAUAAAAGAACACAUACUGGAGAGAAACCCUAUGGAUGUAAUCAGUGUGGUAAAGCCUUUUCACACAACAGUAAUCUCCAGGUGCAUAAAAGAACACAUACUGGAGAGAAACCCUACAAAUGUAAUCAGUGUGGGAAAGCCUUUUCACGAUACAAUAGUCUCCAAGUGCACAAAGGAACACAUACUGGAGAGAAACCCUAUGAAUGUAAUCAAUAUGAUACAGCCUUUGCAAGUUAUGUGAGAGCUUCUGCUCUCUUGUCUACACUGCAGGUAGUAAUAGAAAAUGAAGCGCAGAAAGCACAAAAGCUAAUUGAGGAAAUUAACUACUAA